CCACCUGCUGGCUGCCAGGAGCCGAUACCCAGACAGCCCUGAAGAGUCUCCACUCAGCAGCAGCCAACGCCCGGACCCACCAUGAACUGGGGGAUCUUCGAGGGGCUCCUGAGUGGGGUCAACAAGUACUCCACGGCCUUUGGCCGCAUCUGGCUGUCCCUGGUCUUCAUCUUCCGCGUGCUGGUGUUCCUGGUGACGGCCGAGCGUGUGUGGAGUGACGACCACAAGGACUUUGACUGCGACACCCGCCAGCCAGGCUGCCACAACGCCUGCUUCGAUGAGUUCUUCCCCGUGUCCCACGUGCGCCUCUGGGCGCUGCAGCUCAUCCUGGUCACCUGCCCCUCGCUGCUGGUGGUCAUGCACGUGGCCUACCGGGAGGCCCGGGAGAGGAAGCACCGAGAGGUGGUGGGGGACGGGGGUGGGCGCCUGUACCUGAACCCGGGCAAGAAGCGGGGUGGGCUCUGGUGGACAUAUGUCUUCAGUCUGGUGUUCAAGGCCAGCGUGGACGCCGCCUUCCUUUACGUGUUCCAUUCAUUGUACCCCAAAUAUACCCUCCCUCACCUGGUCAAGUGUCAGGCAGCCCCGUGCACCAACCAGGUAGACUGCUUCAUCUCCAAGCCCUCGGAGAAAAACAUCUUCACUCUCUUCAUGGUGGUCACAGCCGCCAUCUGCAUCCUGCUCAACCUGGUGGAGCUGGCCUACCUGGUGAGCAAGAGGUGCCGGGAGUGCCUGGCUGCCAGGAAAGCCAGGGCCCCGGGUACAGGCCAUCACCCGGGCAAUGCCACCUCUCCCCACCAACAGGAUGACCUCCUCUCAGGUGACCUCAUCUAUUUGGGCUCAGACACCCACCCGCCCCUCUUACCAGACCACCCUCAAGACUACAUGAAGAAGACCAUCCUGUGAGAGGCUACCUGCACAGGCUGAUAGGCCCGGCCUGGCUUGGAAGGUUCCAGUGACUCUGACAGGUGCAGGCUUGUGUUGGAGAUGCUGAUGGGGCAGGCACAAGGGAAGGCAACCUGGGGGCAAAGCCCUAUUCCUCAGCUCCUGUCCCCACAGUGUGGCCUUGGGCAAGUUACCCCCUACUCUGUGCCUCAGUUUCCUUUUGUGUAAAACAGAGAUGCUGAAGCCCACCUCACAGGAUUGCUGUUGUGAGGAUGAAUGUGCACAGAGCUUAAUAAAUUGAU